AUGGGAGCCGCGAUGAUGGAGCGAGAUGCAGAUGGCGGCAGUGGAGGCACUGCCCAGAUGACCAUAGUCGUGCGUGCCAUCGUCUUGGUGCUGGCCAUCUUGACGACGCUCAUCUGCGCCCUUCGUUUAUAUCUUCGAAAAUUUGUUCUGUGCAGCUUUGGGCUGGAUGACUGGAUGGUAGUAUUUGCCCUGGUUGCCGUAAAUGCUUUCUCUGCUAUGGCAUUCACGAUAACUUACUUCGGUCUUGGAGCCGACACAGUCGAUGUAUCCCCAGAAGAUCUUGUAGUGUGGUUCAAGAUUCAAUUUGGCACAGAAUGUUGCUACCUCAUCGUCGGGGCGCUUGUGAAAUUUAGCAUUACUAUUUUCAUCCUGCGUCUCUUCCCUAACAAGUCUAUCCGCAUUGCCGGGAUAUCAAUCAUGGCCUUCAUCGCAGUGUUUACAAUCGCCAUGACCUUUGCAUUGGCUUUUCAAUGCCAACCAGUCAACGCUGGAUAUGACAAGAGCAUCACAGAUGCCAAAUGCUGGACACCGCAUAUACACUACGCCGUUCUCAUGACACAGGGAGUCAUCAUGUUCCUCCUGGAUGUGUUAAUCCUUUCCCUGCCUAUUCGUCCUGUCUGGAAACUCCAGAUGCCAGUGAAAAAACGCCUUAUGAUUCUCGGCUUGUUUGCUAUUGGAUUCCUUGCAUGCAUAGCAGCCCUCGUCCGCUUCAGCACUCUCUCCUACACCCAAGACUCAACAAACUUCACCAAAUCGGCCUCAUCGUCCCUAAUCUGGAUGGUCGUCGAAUUCAACCUGGGCCUAAUGUCCGGCUCGCUCUCGUCGCUCCGCAAACUGUUCAAGUCCGGCCCGCUACACAUAAGCUCCUCCCCGUAUCCCUACAACGGCACAGGAACAGGCACAGGUGCCUCAUCUACACGAGACCCCUCGCGAUCCGCUGCAGCGACGGAUCUGAAGAGAUUCUCCUCGCGACAGCCCUGGAAGGGCAUUCGGAAGGAUACGGAGAUCACGCGUGUUUUUGAGACGAAUACUAGCCAGGAAAGGAUUACGCCGAUUUAUGGGCAGGGGGAGCUUAUGACUACGAGUAAUGCUUAUGCGGAGGCAGAGAGGGAGAGGAAGAAGGAACGGGAACGGGAACGGGAGACGGAGAAUAGGAAGAGGGGGAAAGGGUAUGAGGAGUUUGAUAUGGAGUUGUCCUAA